GCCAGUAAAUCAAGAAAAAAUAUUUAACUAUAUGUUUAACCUGAAAGGUGCCUAAGUGAUUUACUGUCUUUUUAUUGCAAAGGGUUGGUUGGCACUAACCCAGACUAACAUCUUACGAAUAGUGGUAGAAAACAAGUCUCUAAUUACUCUAUUCCUAGUAUAUGCCUCCUUCACUCAGUGUAUCCGCUCUGUGUUCCCUCUGAUUUCUGCUGUGUAAACUUCUCUUUCUGGAGUUUCCCUCACCAGUUGAGCAUCCUUUCACUUCUGUCUUCUUUGACAUGUCACUGUUACUCUUUGAGCACUUCCUUUCCUGCGCUGUAAUAUGUACCAGACUCAUCUAGUACUUUCUCUGCCUCAGCCAUUUCUCCAGAGGCCUUUGUUCCUGUUAGUGGAGAAUUUAGUAAUUAGAAGCCGAGAUCUGAGCAGACCCUGUUGGGGCUCAUUGCUAUUGAAUGAGAAGUAGUCACUGCAUCCGCCCCGGCUGGGGUGCUCUUACACCGCUUGGGUUCUGGCUCCCCACGUCAGGGCUCACCACCUGCAGCUUUGUGGGCACUCUCCUCACUCUGCACUCUGUUUGGGCACCUUCUGUUUCUUAUCCAGUUGAAACAACCUGACAGAGGGAACUGGGUGGAAGUUGGUUGGGACACUUAGUUGGUGAGGGAGACCUCAGAGCGAGAAGUUGAUAGAGUAGAAAUUAGGACCUUGAAUGGGUGUGCCGAGUGAAGGAGGCAUGUACCAGGAAUAGAAGAGAACUUGUUUUCUGCCCCUGUUGAUAUGAUAUUCAUUUGGUAGUGUUAGCCAUUUCUUGAAAGUAUCUUUGAGAAAAAGGAAGGCAGAUCGUUUGGAUAUCUGUAAGAUAAACCAUAUAUUUAUAUAAUUUUUCCUGAUUCACUCAAAUGCUAAAGUAAUCUUGAGUUCAAUUGUUCUGUUUGGGUGGGACUUAAUAUUUGGUGUAAGACUCAUUUGACCAGUUAGAACCAGUCACCCACUGACAAAUAACAGUGCUGAAUGAUUAUGGAAUUUCUCAGGGCCAGUCUGCUAAUGGGUUGAUCUGUGAAUGAGUUAUGGUACCUUGUGUCCUUGAAAAAUUUAAAGAACUAUAUUGUGAGUUUUUGUUUUGUUUCCCAGGCAGUUCCUGAAAUGAGGAAGCCUCCUAAAGCUAAGUUCAGAAUCUUAUUUUUGUGAGUGUUUAGCUAUUAAAGUAUUCUUCCGGCACAGAGAGGGACUGUCUCUCUCCUUCCUCCCUCCUAUGGCUGUGGCCAGUAUUCUGAGUUUUAUUAGUAGCUGUGGGAGUUCGCAGGGCAUGGGAGGAGGGUGCUCUUCUUCCUCAGUAAGCUGUCAGUUCCUAGGUCCUUUGGAGGUUUAACAGCCUCUCCUGCUUUCAGAGACACCUUGAGCUUCAGAAGCUUGGUAAUUCCUUGGGUAUGUGGAAUAAAGCUUCAGGUGAUAGUGCUGCUGCUAAGUCACUUCAGUCCUGUCCGACUCUUUGCGACCCCAUAGACGGCAGCCCACCAGGCUCCCCCGUCCCUGGGAUUCUCCAGGCAAGAACACUGGAGUGGGUUGCCAUUUCCUUCUCCCGUGCGUGAAAGUGAAGUCGCUCAGUUGUGUCCAGCUCUUCACGACCCCAUGGAGCCUCAGUGAAAUGGCAAGUGUGAGUGGCUGCCUCACGUUGUGUUGAUGCCGGUCUGCCAUGCUAGCCUGUCUACCAGGGCCAGGUGACCUGUCCUUUCAGCUUCUCUCUCACACGCAGAUGAACACUGGACUUCAGAAAUGGGACACUACACAGAAAAUGAGAACUGCUCACUACCCCACCCCAGCCGAAUUGGACGCGUAUGCUAAGAAGGUCGCAAACAACCCACUGACUAUAAAAAUCUUCCCCAACAGUGUGAAGGUUCCCCAGCGGAAACACGUUCGUCGUACUGUGAACGGCCUGGACACAUCGGCCCAGCGCUACAGCCCCUACCCGACUCAGGCCGCCACCAGGGCAGGCCUGCUGGCCAUUGUCAAAGUGCCAGCCAAAAGCAUACUCAAGGACUUUGACGGCACCCGAGCCCGGUUGCUCCCCGAGGCCAUCAUGAACCCCCCAGUGGCGCCCUAUGCUACUGUGGCACCCAGCACUUUAGCCCACCCCCAGGCCCAGGCUCUGGCCCGCCAGCAGGCCCUGCAGCACGCACAGACCCUGGCCCACGCCCCUCCCCAGACGCUGCAGCACCCUCAGGGUAUCCCGCCACCCCAGGCGCUGUCCCACCCCCAGAGCCUCCAACAGCCUCAGGGCCUGGGUCACCCUCAGCCCAUGGCCCAGACCCAGGGCUUGGUCCACCCUCAGGCCCUGUCUCACCAGGGUCUCCAGCACCCCCCCACUCCCUUGCUGCAUGGAGGCCGGAAGAUGCCAGACUCAGAUGCCCCCCCGAAUGUGACCGUGUCUACCUCAACUAUCCCCCUUUCAAUGGCGGCUACCCUGCAGCACAGCCAGCCCCCGGACCUGAGCAGCAUCGUGCACCAGAUCAACCAGUUUUGCCAGACGCGGGCGGGCGUCAGCACUACCUCAGUGUGUGAGGGCCAGAUCGCCAACCCCAGCCCCAUUAGUCGCAGUCUGCUCAUCAAUGCAAGCACUCGGGUGUCGACCCACAGCGUCCCCACACCAAUGCCUUCAUGUGUGGUCAAUCCCAUGGAGCACACCCACGCGGCCAGCGCCGCGCUGCCCCCUGCGGGCCCCGUCAACCUGCCCGCGGGCCUCUCGCGUGCCCCCACUGGCUACCCUAGCGACCUCAAGCCAGUCGCCUGGAACCAGCACCAGCUGGCACACCUGCAGCAGAUGUGCGGUGAGGCCGGUGGGACACCGGCCCCUGGCCUGACAGGCAAGCAUGCAGCAGGACGCGAGUUGGCAGGGCCUGGCUUGGUGGGCAAGACCCCUGCCUACCCGCAGGAACUCUGCCUGGCACAGUCUUUCCAUCUGAAGCCACCCCUGGAGAAGCCAACCCCGUCCCCACCCGUCAACGGCCUGGCCGCCCCACUGGCCUACCCCAAUGGUCAUUACUUCCAACCCCUGUGGAACAACAUUCUGCCCACUCCCAAUAGCGACAGCUCGGGGUCUCAGGACCUCGCCGUGCCGUUCCACGGUGGGCAGCCCACGGGCGCACCCCUCGACUGUGCGGCGGUGGCUGCUGGGGCCCACUUCCGGGCAGGGACCGGGGGCGGUCCAGUGGCAAGCCAGAACAGCUUGAUACAAACGGUGGAUUACCUAAGUGGGGAUUUCCAGCAGGCCUGCUUCCGAGAACAGAGCCUGGCCAUGCUGAGCAAGGCCCACCGAGCCCCUGGCAACCGAGCCCCUGACCCCACAGAUAGUCGAAGUCUUCAUGUUCAGCACCCUGGGUAUAGAUAGGGAGCCCUGGUGCCCUCCAGUUCCACGUCAUACGUCACCCUCCUAGGUUUAGUCUUACUUUUGAGUAAUUGGAUAGUUGCAAGGUUUCACUGCUCCAACGUGAUCAUUCUUAGAUGUCUAAGAAAGGGAAUUUAGUGGGAUCUAAUUGAGGACAGAGGGGGGUCCUUUUCGCCUUUAUCUUCACCUGUACCAGCCCCAGCAACUUUAGGGUUUAUGUUGGGACCCAGUCUCAACUCCCGGCUUGACUCUCCAUUGCCUGCCUAUAAGUCCAGUUCCUGCCCCGUCUCCCCGCCACCUCCUGCCCACCAUUUCCCACCAGCCUCCUUUCAUCCUUACCUGCACCUCUCACCGUCGCCCUUAGGACUGAGGUAUGGGCUAAGGGAAGGGUCCCCAGGCGAGGGAGUAGUCAGCAUCCAGCCGCCUAAGCUAGGCCUCUCCCUGUCUCUCUUUCUGGGACUAAGAAUCCAGACUUCCCAAGUGUUAUGGGAGCCGAUUUCUUAUUUACCCAAAGACCUCAAAUCAAAACUGGCCCUGUCCGCAUCUCCUCCCAGCCCUUCCUCAAGGCUAUUUUUACACCUGCAUUGAACCCAGAGCCACUGCACUCAUGCAUGCUCCUCCAGGGCAUCCUGCAGCAUGUGGCCAUGGCCUUGGGGCAUGGCUGGGCAGCGGGGGCGGGGAGCCUGUCUUUGUAUUGAUACCUUGGUUCCUAACUCCCUUUCCAUCCCUAGAGCAAUGCCAGGACACCUGGCAUAUCCAGGACCUUCCUGCCUGUUGUCUCCUGAGUCACCUGCUGCCCUCAUGCCCCACUCCCCCCUCGCAAACAAAACAAACAAAAAGCCAGUCCUACUUGAGGAAUUAGGUAGUAGGUAUGGGAUGAUCACAUUGGAGUUUGGAAUUAAAAACACUGAAAAAAAAAAGUUAAACUACAUUUGGUUCUCUACACUGGCUAAGAAUAUUGCUCUACACUGUAAGUUUUAAGCGUCCUGCUCUGUAUGAAUGUAGCGUGGGUUUGAGGAGCUGCGUGUGUGAGCGGCCCCACAGGUGCAUUCACUGUCGAGUCACCCUCCACAGCCCCUCAGUUUAAUGAAGGAAAAAAACACAAAGCCUUAAGCUCUUUGACUUCUCCUUUACCAAAUGAGAAUGGUUCCAACAGCUGGAGACGGGCCUCUAUUGGAAACAGCCCCUCCUGCCCCUCGUCCUUCCCUCACCCACCCCACUGCUCAGUCUCAUCCCCACGUGAGUUAGUUGGCUAGAAACUUUAAACUUUUCUGUAACCUAGAUUAUGUUUUGUUGAAACAUUUUGCUUCCUUCUGUUAAAGAUACAUAGUUGGGCUGUCCCCCCCCCCCCUUUAAACCAAAUAAGCCCUACCCUUUCCUCUGUCUCUGGGGAAUGUGAGCUGAUGUUAUUUAAGAUUCUUGGUUUUGUUUACUAUACUAUCCACUGUUCUUUAGCCAGAAAUUCUCUAGUGAUCUGAAGCAAUGUGACUGAAGACCAGUUUUUAAAUUAUGUGUUGGCAAGUUGCCUUAUAUUUAAAAAGAGAAAAAAACAAGGAAAUAUCAUGCCUGAUUGUGUUAUGCCAAAUGAUAGCAACAUGAAGUCCUAAUUUAUUGCUCCCCGCUGUUUUGCUGCCGUCUGUAGACACUGGUACCUUCCUGUCCUGACCCCCCAGGAGCACCAGCAGCUUCUGGUGCGAUGCCUUCUCCCAGUGUGCUGGCCUCCGUCUCACCCAGGGGCCCCUUCCAGUUCUCGCUUCUCUUGAGUUAAAUUCUCUGAAAGGACACCGCUGUCUCAGCUUAUCCCCUGCUUGAUCUCCAAACCAGAUAUUUUUGCUGUAAUUUUCUUCCAAUGCCUCUCUCCCCAAAAGGUGAGCUGCCAUUUUAGGAAAUUGGACCAGACACCACCUUGGGGGCUUAAAAAUCAAACCUCAAACCCAUCUCUUCCUGUGUAGGGGUGCAUCUGAAGCUCUCACUCCCACCCCUAGUCUGCAUGGAAAAUGUACUGUGACCCCCUGCCCCCCACUACCCUCCCCUUUGGUGGGAGGUGUUUCCUAGAUCACCCUGAGCCCCUCUUCCCCUCUGCCAACCAAUCCCCAACCAGCAAUAAGGGCCCACGCCAGGGCCUCCUGUCCACACCCCCGCCUCCAUUCUACACUGCCCCUAGAGAAUAAUCUGGGUCUCCUGCUGUCCACAUACUGUAGCAUUCAUUCUCCAUCUCCCUCAUCCUCUCACCUGUGGUGGUUUAUGGGUGUGAUGGGGUUUUUAAGAUUAUUAUAAACCAGUAAAAAGAGCAAACUCA